CACGCACACUCGAAUGCUGUAGAGAGUGCCGGGAAUCCCCCUGAGGUCACUGCCCUCGGCCUCAGUUUCCUUAUUUGUAAACAGCGGGAUGGGGUACCCAGACUAGGGAGCAAUUGAGCACGUUGUUUACCCGCCUACUCGGGACAGUACUUCACUAUCGCAGCAGAGGGCGCUCGUAAGUGCUUAGAUGGAGAUCUGGCAGCGUGCGCGGCACCGCCAGCCACCGCCCUACCGUCUCUCUAGGCUCUGCCCAUGCGCAGGCGCAGCAUCAUCCCCUUGCGUCCGCUGGCUCUGCGCCCACACGCUACGCAGGCGCUUUGGCCUCCAGUCUUGGGCGGCCUCGGCAGUUGCCCGCGGAUGCCCAUUGGACCAAACUUGCUCGAGGGCAUACGUAUUAAUCUCGCGAGAUCACAAAAACACUUCCAAGGGGGGGACCCUGCUACCGCCUGAGUGAGGGCUCUGCUGUGAGAUGUGGCCCCUCCGGGCUCCAGGCCACUGGCGUCUAGCCCUGGCCCGCCUGCGCUGGGCCGCGCGGUCCUGUUCCUCGGGCUCUGCUGGCAGUAGGAGUCCCCCUGGGGCCCUGGGGCUGCGCACCCGCUUGCUGGUGACUGGGCUCUUUGGGACGGGGUUGGCCGCGGCGUGGCUCUCCGCGCGGGCAGAGAAGGAGCAGCGGCAGCGGCAGCGGCGGCUAGAGGCCCUACGCAGUGCGGCCGUGGGCCAGGGCGACUUCCAGCUGGUGGACCACACGGGCCAGCCCCGGUGCAAGGCUGACUUCGUGGGCCAGUGGGUGCUCCUGUACUUCGGCUUCACUCACUGCCCGGACGUGUGCCCCGAGGAGCUGGAGAAGCUAGCCACUGUGGUCCGCAGGCUGGAAGCCGAGCCAGGCCUGCCCCCCGUGCAGCCCCUCUUCAUCACUGUGGACCCCGAGCGGGACGACGUGGCCGCCGUGGGCCGCUACGUGCGCGAGUUCCACCCCCGGCUGCUGGGGCUCACGGGCACCCCUGAGCAGGUGCGCCGGGCCAGUCAGGCCUACCGGGUCUAUUACAGCGCGGGACCCCGAGACGAGGAUCAGGACUACAUCGUGGACCACUCCAUCAUCAUCUACCUGCUCAACCCUGACGGGCUCUUCACCGACUACUACGGCCAGAGCAAGACGGAGGAGCAGAUCGAGGCCAGCGUGAGGCGCCACAUGGCUGCCUUCUGCAGUGUGCUCUGAGCCCCCAUGUCCGCCCACCUCCUUGUCUCGCACAGGGGCUCCACACGGGUGGGGCAAUAAAUGUAUUUUUUGUACAAAAA